AUGUUUCAGUCUAAAGCAGUAGCUGUCUGUCUGAUUCUUCUCCUUGGCAGUACACUAACUGAAGCUGGUGCUAAGGCCAUCUCAAAGAGGCAUGUCCGUCGUGACUGGCUGAUCUUGCCCGAUGCAAUUGCAUUUUAUGUGUAUAAGGCUGUGGACAAAAUGUCCCCCCAAACUGCAGAGUUGUUGGCAAAAGCUGUCCAGACUCCAUUCAUUCUUGAUACAAGGAACUACCUGAUAAAGGCCACAGCUCAAAUCACUGUGCAAGCUGAAGAAGCAUGGGCAAAAGUGACGGAGAAAGUAUCUGGCUUCUGGCAACAGCAGGAGAAAGGCCCAGCCCAGCCAUAG